CGAAGCGGCGCACGGCAGGAUCCCACGGAUAGGCGCGGGCGGUGAUUGGCCGUACCGGCCUCCCUCUCAUCCGUUGAGCUUCAAAUCAGUCAGUCUUCACACAUCGCUAGUGAUCAUCGCUAAUGAGAGAGAGUUUUACAAACUGCUCGACAUUCUAUCAUCCUCAAUACCCUAAGAGACACCAUUGACCAGACAUAUAUACCAGAGCUACAAGAGGAGGUUAGAGGCUUAAUGUCCUGUGGUAACUGACUGUUCUCCUGAUGGACAAAGCCUUUGCACCAUCUAAAAGACACAUAGCAGAUAUAUUGUGGAGAGCAUUUUGUCUGGUUGCAUCAUUUUCUAGUACGGGGGGGGGGGGGGGCCAUUGCACAGGAACAGAGAACACUGCAGAAAGUUGUAAAUUCAGCCAGCUCCAUCAUGGGUACUAACUUCCCCAGCAUUGAGGACAUCUUCAAAAGGCCAUAUCUCAAGUAGGUGACAUCUAUCAUCAAGGACCCUCACUAUCCAGGCCUCCUUCUCAUUGCUACCAUCAGAGAAGAGGGACAGGAGCUUGCAGAUACACGCUGAAUGUUUUUGUGUACAAUGUACAGUGUACACCUUCACCACUGUCGCACUUGCAGAGUGAGGGGCCUCUGGACCUGGUGUGAAUGGAUUUUCUGUCAAUCGAGCCUGAUACCAACAACACCGCGAAUGUCUUAGUCAUCACCGAUCAUUACACUCGCUAUGCUCAGGCAUUUCCCACCAAGGAUCAGAAGGCGAAGACAGUGGCGAAGGUGUUAUGGGAGAAGUAUUUUGUUCAUUAUGGCCUUCCCAGGCGAAUCCAUAGUGAUCGGGGCGGGACUUUGAGAGCCGGAUUAUCCAUGAAUUACUGACUAUGUUUGGGGUUGAGAAAUCCAGGACUACCCCUUAUGACCCACAGGGUAAUCCUCAGCCAGAGAGGUUUAACAGGACCCUGUUGGAUAUGCUCGGGACGCUGGAGGUUGGCCAGAAAAGUAAGUGGAGUUGUCAUAUUGGACAAUUGGUUCACUGUUACAAUUGUACUCGCAAUGAUGCUACAGGGUACUUGCCUUAUUAUCUGAUGUUUGAGCAGGAAGCAAGGUUGCCCAUUGACUUGUGUUUUGGGGUUGAAGUGGGUGAAUUACUCGGGAAGCCUUAUCUAAAGUAUGUCCGACAUGAAGGGGGAGAUACAGCAGGCGUAUGGGUUGGCCGAGGCAGCGGCUACCAAACAAAAUCAGAGGAAUAAGAUGCGGUAUGACCGAAAGGUGAAGUUUGUCCAAUUAUUGCCGGGCGACCGGGUCCUUUUACGGAAUUUGGGACUCCCUGGUAAGCACAAGUUGGCAGAUCGAUGGGCGGCCAGCCCAUAUGUAAUAGAGAGCCAGAUGCCGAAUCUACCAGUUUAUCGGGUGAAACCUGAGGAUGGGAAUGGGCCUAUCAAAGUACUCCAUCGGAAUCACCUGCUAACCCUGGGUCAAACGGUGCAGGUGGACAAGGAGCCAGAGUGGGAGGUUGUGCCUAGUACAAGGACUCUGCGAGGGCGCAGAGCGAGGGAAGAGGCUGCUGCUGAAGAGCGGGAACGGGUCCUUAACCCGGGAAUGGAUACCAAUUCAGAGGAGGACGACUCAGAUGAGUGGCCCCUGUUCCCAUUCGCUGGCGCUCCAGUACCAGAAGAGGAGGCUCCUGGCCCUUCCCAUACUGAGUUGGGUGAGAGGAGGGAAGGUCUUGAGGGUCAGAUGGAGAGGCAGCCAACAUUGGGGGGAGAGAGGGUGGAACCCGAGCGUGAGCCGGAGAGAUCUCAGGUGAGGGAGGACCCCCGUGAAGAAGGGGGUGAGGGGCUGUCAGGUAGACCUGGGGAGUCCGAGACAGUGGGUUCGCAGGUGAAGAGGGAGCCCAGUGGGGCAGAAGGGGUAUGGAGAUCCCAGAGAACUGCCCCCCCCCCGGUGCAGUUGACAUAUGUGGUGCCAGGAGAACCGAGUGUGAUUUCUACUGCUCUGGUUAGUUAUGUCGCUGCUUUCUGCAUCUGGGUUGGGUUUUGUGUGUUGCAAGAAGCUUGGGGAACUCUGGUAAUGUCAUGAGGGCAUGACAUUUGCUGGUGGGGGGAGAAUGUACAAUGUCCUGUGUAUGUUACUCAAAAUGGCUUCUUUGGUUUGUUUAGAGUAGGAAUGCUUCUUUGUCUGAUAAGUGUUUUCUCUCACAGUUGUUUAGCUUUAGACUUGCUGAUAUGGGGAUUGUAUUCAUUUGUUAACCAAUGAGGAAGGUUAUUUUGUCUUGUGAGGCUGGGAGCUUGGGGGUUCUCGCGGUUUUUUUCAGGGGAGUCGGGAAGAAGACGCCGAGGAAGGUGGAUGUCCGCUGCACUGCUCGGUCGACUACCCGGGUGGUCCCGGGUGCAAGGACGUGGAGGUCGGAGGAAAGUGACGAGGGGUCGAAUGGUUCGAUGGUUGAGCUCCAACGAUGUGCACGAAACUGACUGAACUUUGAUAAGUUGGCGUCUUUUACUUUUUCUUUUCUUUCAUAUAUACUGUAUUGCAUAGUACUCUUUUAGUUUCAGUAAAAUCUUUAAAGUGUAUUUCAUAACGGUAUCUGGUGUGAGUUUGAUAUUGUGUGUGUACCCGCGGCAUAAACUUGAUUCUCACAGCACCUGCAUGUAUGGGAGGUGGGGUUGGUGAGUGGCUGGAUUUCCUUUUCCCCAGACAUAUACCAGCAUGUUGGGUAAGUGUUACAUUUGGAACAGCUUCAUUCCCUCUGACAUCAGAUUUCUGAAUGGUCCGUGAAACCACAAACACCACCUAAAUGUUUUGCUCUUUUUAUUUUUGAUAUAUUCUUAUAGUAAUUCUUUAUGUAUUGCACUGUACUGCUGCUGCAAAAUAACAAAUUUCAUUAUAUAUGCCAGUGAUAAUAAAUCCAAUUCUGAGAAGCAUGUUGGCAAUAACCCGGAUGAGUGCAGUUCAAAGCUAUCCAGAAACACAAGAGAUUUUGCAGGUGCUGGAAAUCCAGAGUAACACACACAAACUGAUAUUUCAAGACAAGAUUCUUCAUCAGGACUGUGAUAUUUCAGGAUAGUACAAGAUAGCCAGAAAGCAGGCUGCUUGACUAGGAUCCCAACCUAAACAUGAAUUCAUUUUCUCAGUUGUGCAUAGUGGCUGUAGUGUGAACCAGCUACAAAAUACACUGCAUUUGUUUGUCUGAGCUAUUCUGACGCCAACUUUCAAACCUGCAAAAGCUACCAGCCAGAAGAGCAAAGUUUUCAGGUACUGUAUAUGGGAAUAUCGCCCCCUGCAGGUUCUCCUUUAAAUUGCACAUAUUGGAAAUGCAUCAACACACACAAAAUGCUGGUGGAACACAGCAGGCCAGGCAGCAUCUAUAGGGAGAAGCGCUGUCGACGUUUCAGGCUGAGACCCUUCGUCAGGACUAACCGAAAGGAAAGAUAGUAAGAGAUUUGAAAGUAGUGGGGGGAGGGGGAAAUGCGAAAUGCGAAAAGUUGAAGGGCCGAAGGAAAUAUAGAUGGGGAUCAGCGAUUGAGGGUUUCACUGAACUCCCAUCGAAGAGAAGAUUUAAACUUCUUCAGUGUAGGCAUCACUGGCAGAAACUUCGCAGUAGUGAAUUUAAAGAGCAAACACGAGGAAAUCGCAGUAGUGAAUUUAAAGACCUCACUGAAUCUAAUUCCUGGAAUUGCCUUACCAACAGCACUGUGGGAGCAGCUUCACUAAAGGAGUGCAGUAGACAAGUAGGUGACUCACCCCCACCUCCUCAAGGCAGGUUUUGGUGAUAAAAGCUAGCCUUGUCAAUAAAGGCCAGAAUCUAAAAAAUAAGUAAUUGAAAAAUCAUUACAGCUCACAACUAGAAAAGUAAAUUUAUUAUCUAAGUAUGUAUAUGCCAGUAUAUACUGCCUUGAGAUUCAUUUUCUUGCAGGCAUAUACAGGAAAAUAAAGAAAUAUGAUAGAUUCUAAGAACAAAAAUACAUAAACAACAACUGAGAAACAACUAAUGUGAAAAUAAAAAAAAUAAAUAAUACUGAGAACAUUAGUUGUAGAGUCCUUAAAAGUGAGUCUGCAGGUUGUGGAAUCAGUUCAGAGUUGAGGUGAGUGAAGUCAUCCAUGGCAGUUCAGGAGCCUGAUGGUUGAAGGAUAAUAAUGUUUCUGAACUUGGUGGUGUGGAACCUAAGAUUCCUGUACCUCCUGCUUGAUAGUACUAGUGAGAAGAGAGCAUGGCCUGGAUGAUGGGGACCUCGAGUAUGGAUGCUUCUUUCUUGUGGCAGCACUCCAUGUAGAUGUCCUGAAUGGUGGGGAGAGCUAUGUCAAUAAUGCACAAGGCUGUAUCCACCACUUUCUGUAGACCUCUCAGAGCCAUCAGCUAUCAGAAUGCUACCCCUUCCAUAAGAAAAGGCUUAAAGGAAACUCUUAAUAGUUUCUCAAUUAAUAACAACUGAACGUUACUUUCUCACAGGUCCCUACCUUGAAGCUGAGAGAUUGUAGAAGUGUACUUGUACAAAAUGACAUUUUUUGUCUGUAGCAAAAUGGAGUCUGCAUUGUACCAGAGUGCUCUGCUAGUAAUGUUCUUGCAAUAUUAUGCUGAUGGAACCUGAGUCUUUGAAAAACUGCAGACCAGCAGAUGCUUUACUGAAAGAAUACUAAAUACACUGAUUAAGUAGAAGGACAGAAUGCACCCUUUGCUUGGUGAGGCAUGGGUAGCUGCACUUGGUAUAAAGGAGUGACUAUGCUAUCUGUUUUUCAGAAGCUGUCAAUGGCACUUGUACGGUGAUGGUCUCCCCCUGCUGCAAGUAAAAUAAACAUAAUUAUAAUUGAUCCACUCUGAGUUAUUUGUUGUUUGUUCUAGGAUGUAGCAAAAAGGUGCUUAACGAGAGAAAAGGGAAGAAAGGAGCAUUCUAGGAUGAGAGGGAGAGAUGAAGGUAGAGGACAAGAAUAUUCAAGAGGAGAAAAGUAAAAAGAUGGUGGGGGAGAGA